CCUUCAGAUGGUGAGUCAAUUCAUGUGAAAUGAGUGAGAUUUUUACAAUGUAACUUUCAAUGUAACUUCAAUCUGGUAAACUGAAUGACUAAUCAUUUUUCAAAUAAUUAUAUAUUUAAGCAUAAACUGUUGCCUACUUGAUAAAAUGCUGGAAGAAAUGCAUUUGCCAAAUAAUUAAACUUUGCUUUCCAUUUAUGCCCAUGGUUGUUCAGGAGAAACUUGAGUUGCCAGUUCCAUUUCCACAUGCUACCCCACGGUUAGGUGCCCUACACUAUCAGCCGGUCAUUAGGGAAUUUUAACACUGAGACUAAAGGUCACGGUAUACUAUCUGCGUCCAGGUAACAUUCAGGUCCACGCAUGGUGUGCAUGGUGUGCAUGAUGGAUGCUGUGCCUGCUGAGUGCAUAUGUAUGUAAGGUUUAAAACACUGGCUCAGGGUCAAGAGAAAGCAGAAAACAUUCACACUAUUUAUUCAUUCAUCAGAUGCUUUUAUCCAAAGCAACUUACAGUACAGUACAGCAUGUGUGCUCUCUGGGAAUGAAACUAAUGGAGACACGGUAAUACAAUGAAAUCUUUGUUUAUUUCAAACUUCUGCAAAACAUAGCUGAAUUAGUCUUGCUGUCUCCUGUCUGUUUGAACAGAACAGGCGUAAAUUCAAUGAUUUUGAUUAUAAAUGUUUGAAAUGAUUGGAAUCAAGGCAGAAAUAAUAGAUCAGUAGAGCACAGAUCAGUAGAGAAAUAUUAAUAUUUAUUUUAUUUAAUCAUUAUUUUAAUUUUUUUUUACUUUUCAUGACGACAGGUGAGGUCUGUGGUGUACUUCGUUGUGGAUAAGUAAAGCCUAUUUUGCUAAAACAUUUUAGUCCUGGUAAUCCUUUGUUUGGCAUGUUGGUGAGAUUAUUUAGAGGACCAUUUCUCAAUGGUUUUGUUCUUUAAUGAAUGUUUGCUUAUUAAUUACUUAUUUUUCAACAAAUAACUCAAUUAUAAUUAGAAAGAGGGAAAUUUGCAACUUUUUAUUGCAACUUUCAUUUGCUCCCACAAUCUCAUCGCAACAAACACCUAAAAAACACUGCAACUUUCAUCGCAACUUUUUGGAAAAGCUACCGCAAAAUCAGGAAUUUUAGGCUUCAACUAUCCCAAAAAAAGGCCUGCGAAAUCCUGGAGGGGCUGGUAGGUGAAGGGACAGAGAGUAAGGAAGAUCAGCAGUGUGCCCUCCUCUAAACAAUGUGGUUUUGUUUCUGCAGGUAUAGCGCUGGUGUGGAAAAGAUUGAACCAUCUCCGGCUUUACCCUACGACUGGAGGCCCUGACCUGGAGGCAGCUCACACCUACAGCCAAUGGCAGGGGUGCAUGAAAGACAGUUACACGCUCAACCAACUGUUGUGCCUCCCUCUGCCUGAGCCAGAACUUGCACGGCUUUACUGUGGACCCUUGGUGCACCAAGCUGCUCUGAGGCUGAGGAGAGGCGUUACCCCGGAGUCAUUGCUCAGCGCGGAGCCGAUCGCCAUGCAGCUCUUCAGAGAUCUCCAGCAUGCUGUGCUGGACUCCCUGGAUGCCGAUGUUCGGUCCAGGUUACAGAAAGCACCACAGCGAGAUCACCCAAGGGAGAGACAAUCCCAGUCUGUAGGGGACGUGGAUGAACUGGCCACACGAUUCACACAGAUGUUUGAAGAGGAGGAUGAGGAUGAAGACUAUGGCUGCAGGAGUGGCAAGGCAAAGACUGAGGAUGAGGAAAUCUAAAGAGAUGCGUGCCGCAUCCGCACCAAACACAAGAAGAAGAGCAGGGCCCUGCGAGCUCACAGUCCUAUUCAGCUGAAGAAACGAGAGAGAAUGUUUUGGACUCCAUGAAAUGCACACUAAGAUGAAUAUUUGCUAAUUGUUUAAUGUUUUAAUGAUUUUCAUUGUUUUAGACUUGAUUCAUAAUCUAUUGUUAUCUGCAGGUUUUAUGUUGUACUGAACUAUAUUAAAUAUGCAACGUGAUCUCCAAAACCUGUUUGUAUCAAUGUAUACGAAAUAUUGUGACAGAAAAA